AUGAGUGUUGAGGACAUGUUGAAACAGAUCAUGAUGGACCAGGCUAAGUUAUCUGCAGAUGUUCGUCAGAAUCAGUUAGCUACUCAGAGUUUAGGAAAACAACUUGGGCAAUUAGCAAGUGAAUGUUGUGAGUACCAUAGUGGUCUUCCCCUAAUUGAAUUGGCUCCAAAAAUUAAGCUGGCAGAGGUGAAAGGUAAAGAUCGAGUUGGGGAUGAAGGUGAAUUCAGCAGACCAAGGGCAGUCGAAGAACCAAAAACAAAGCCUCCUUCUCCAUUCCCACAAAAGUUUAAGAAGAAGAAGAAAGAUGAGUGCUUUGCAAAGUUCAUAGAUUUGCUAAAACAGGCUGAGUAUGAAACAGUAGCACUCACUGAGGAGUACAGCUCUAGAAUCUUGAAUAAAGUUAAGCUUCCAACCAAGCAGAAAGAUCUGCAGAGCUUCACGGUGCAGGUUACUAUUGAGAGGUGUGUGAAUGCAAGAGGACUAUGUGACUUGGGUGCGGGUAUAAACUUGAUUCCAACCUCUAUGUUCAACAAAUUAGGCUUCAGAAAUCCUAAGCCUACCAUCAUUUUGUUACAACUGGCAGAUCGCUCUGUAGCUAAAUCAGAUAGAGUCAUUAAGGACGUCUUAGUCUAG